GCGGAACUACACAACCAAACUUUGUUGGUUUACGCGAACGUGAUAAGGAUUGUACGAGCUGUUGCGAUGUUAUUCAGGUCACUGGUGGGGAGUGCCUGCACUCUCCUCGGAGCCGCGACAGCCUUCAAAUUUGGUCAAUUCUAUAGGAAGAAAAUGAAUGAUGUCAUACUAUCAUUCAUUCACUAAACGUUGACUUGCGUCUUCUCAUGAAGCACCUGUGGAACUCCAGGCCCAGGCGGCGGUCCUCCUUCACAGCGCAGUGAGGAAAUCCUCCCUGGUGGAACAAUCAAACAUGAGGGUUGAACUUCUCCCAGCACUCACUGACAACUACAUGUACCUCCUGAUCGACGUGGACACCAGGGAAGCCGCUAUUGUCGACCCCGUGGAGCCAAUAAAGGUUGUGGAAGCUGUGAGGAAGCACGGCGUAAAACUCACAACCGUUUUGACCACUCAUCACCACUGGGAUCACGCGGGUGGAAAUGAGAAGAUGUUAAAGCUGAUGCCAGGACUGCGGGUCUACGGAGGAGAUGACAGAGUCGAUGCCAUUACAAAGAAAGUCUCUCACUCCAACAAUCUGAAGGUUGGAUCACUCAAUAUCAAAUGCCUGUUCACACCGUGUCACACAACUGGUCACAUCUGUUACUACGUGACAAAGGAUAAAAGCACUGAGCCGCCAGCCGUUUUCACAGGGGACACACUGUUCGUGGCUGGUUGUGGUAAAUUCUUCGAGGGUACAGCAGAGCAGAUGCACAAAGCCUUAAUAGACAUUCUGGGAGGCCUGCCCCCUGAAACGCGUGUUUAUUGCGGCCACGAGUACACUGUCAGCAACCUGAAGUUUGCACGUCACGUGGAACCAGACAAUGAAGACAUUCAGAAAAAGCUGGCAUGGGCAAAGGAGAAAUGCAGCAAUGGAGAACCGACCAUUCCAUCCACUCUGGCAGAGGAAUUCACAUUUAACCCCUUUAUGAGAGUCAAAGAGAAGUCUGUGCAAGACCACGUGAAGCAGACUUCCUCCAUUGAAACCAUGAGAAGUCUCCGGAAAGAAAAAGAUGGCUUUCGGGUGCCCAAGGAGUGAUUGCCAGUGAAUUCUCGUUUCUUAACUGCUUACAACUCUUUGAGCUGUUAACGGUGUACAACGAAAUAUAUCUGGAUUUCAUCUUCAAAGCCGCUUUAGAUAAAUCUUCUAUGUUCACUUUAAGUCAAGGCAUAAUUCUUUUUCUUUGUAUGAUCAGAUCACAAUGGCUUUAAACUUGUUUUAGUUGGAUUUGGUUUGUUUUGAUCUUGGUGGUGAUAGUUUCAGGGAAUACAAUUUAAUGCUUUACAUGAGAAAUUCAUUUGUUAAUCUGCAAAUCUUGAGUUUGAAAGUGAGAAUUAAUUUAUAAAAUACAAUGUAAAAAUAUUACAAUUGAGAGUGGCUUGAUCAACAAUUGUAAUGAUAUAUGUAAAGAAAUCUGUAAAUUUGAUAAAUUAUUUCUUUUUCUGUAAGGAUUCAUACCAAUGACACCAAUCUCCUUGUUUUCAUAUUUGCUUGGGGGUGUUAUUUUUUUAUUUUAGAGCAUUGGGAACUUUCAAAUAUUGACUGCUGUCCAUGGAAAAAGCAAUACAAUUUUUUUUAAGUGAGUAGAAAUAAGAUUUUUUCUUUUUCUCCAAAUCGUACCCGAAGUAAAUUAAAUGUGUGGGUGUAAAAGUAGUGAGUAUAAAGAGAUUUUAAUUGUAGGCUUCGAUGCAACGAUGGAUAAAAAAGCAUUCAGUUGCAGUAAAGUAAUUUGAACCUGCAUUUAAAUCUAUUUGUGAAUCCAUGUUCGUUUUUUUUUUUUUGUUUUUUUUUAAGAAAAUACUGCGAAGAAUGAAUUGUAAUGAUAAAAAUCUAUGAAGAGAACACCAUUUGAAAAACCUCCCUGGUGAUCGUUCCGGCUCGAUUAAAAUGUCUUGAGUCGUUGGUGCGGUAACUUCCCCGUCUGUCCGAUAGCAAAGUCAAAUAAAUAUAAUCAGGGCGUCGCAGCUGGAUAAGGAUAAAACAAAGUCUUUUAAAUAUUGUAAUUUGAGUCAUUUGAAAACAAUGUAUUAAUAUUUUGUUUUGGUGCUUGUAGCGUUUUGAGUACUCCAAAUGUGUAUACCCGUCACUUUAAAUUAAUUGCUCGUUGCUGUAGAAAUACUCUAAAUGAAUACUUGACCGUUUUGCGAAAGGUGAGUUUGUUUUUCCAUAUUGAACAGCGGUUUCUAAAAUCUGGAUUUUUCCUAGCUGAAUGCUUCAUUAAAUAUUCCAAAAAUGAAAUAACUAAAAAUUGUACAAACUAAAUCCACAACUGUAACUUUGUGUAGGUCAUGCUUUAAAUAACUGUUCUGCGAAAAAAAUAAAGCAGCUUCCUUCAUAAUUUG